CAGAACUUUGUGGGGCAAAACGUAUUGGUUAUUUUGGUCCGGUUCAGUUUUAUGUUGCUUUGAAACUAAUUGCUGCAGCGCAGUCUGGCCUUCCAGUACGGAUAGAGAGCAUUAAGAGUGAAUUGCCUCUUCCUCGGUUUAUGGCACUCAAAAAUGACAUUGAAAUGAGAUAUGGAAAUGCAGCAGAAAUACAUGGAGUUAAAUUUCAGAUUCCACAUCCAACCUUGGAAAAAAAUUCCUUCAGAAGAUCAGAUGAAGGGGAUAAAAAGCAGGAAACCAAGUCUCCUCCCAUGUCACCGAUGUGUUCACCUCCUGCUUCUCCAUCUAAUUACCAGAGAAUACCCUUGAGUUAUGGCUAUGGCAAGUCAAGGAGUAGGCUUGAACAGCCACAUGGAGUUUCUUAUGAAGCUAGACAUUCUACACACCAACAAGAUGGACCAUCAACGGGAAAUUAUGGAUCCAAAUCUGCACUUGUACAUUCCUCUCUUAGUCGGUUUCUUUCAGUAGAAACUGAGCCACAAGAGAGCAGUAAUUACCCGGAUGACCCCUGGAGGAUAACUGAGGAACAGCGAGAAUAUUACAUCAACCAGUUCAAAUCCCUACAGCCUGAUCUGAACUCUCUCAUUUCAGGUUCUGUGGCUAAGAAUUUCUUCACAAAAUCCAAGCUUCCCAUCCCAGAACUUUCUCACAUAUGGGAGCUGAGCGAUGUGGACUGUGAUGGAGCGCUGACGCUGCCAGAAUUCUGUGCUGCAUUUCACCUCAUUGUUGCUAGGAAGAAUGGUUAUCCAUUGCCAGAUACGCUGCCGGAGACCUUACUGCCUGAUUACCUUCAACCAGCUUCCCUUAAGCCUAAACGUGACUGCGCGUUAUUGGAUUCUUAUUCUGAGUCAUUGCCAGUCAGUCAACAGACAAGGGACUUUAAUCGAACGGAGCUUGAAACUGUCUGUGAAGAUCCAGCCAACUCAGAGCCGUUGAUUCUCUUUGAUGUGGCGACCUCCAUUGUUGAGCCAACAUCGGUUGAGGAGAUGCCUGAUAAAUCUGCCCUGACACAAGAUGCAAAUAAUGAUGACAAUCAAGCUCUGAACAUAAGCACUACUGCCAAAACAAUACCAAAGGAUUUUAAACCAUCUCAACACUUGUCUGGCAAAACAGUUGUUCAGGAAUCGAACAUACUCAAGGCAAGACCAAGAUCCAGGUCCUAUUCCAGCACAUCUAUUGAAGAUGCACUGAAAAAGGGGGAAGAGCCCCCUAUGCCCCCACCAAGGCCACAGAAAUCACAUUCCAGAGCCUCCUCCUUGGACCUAAAUAAAAUCUUCCAGCAAAACACACAAGCUGUGAAGUCAGGUUGGUUACCACCACCACCUGCCCUGCCCCCUAGGCCUUUUGUAUCACAGCAGGGUCCUCACCAUGUCACAAAUACAGAGCCUGUUGCCCAGGCCAAAUCCAGCUAUAUAGAGUUCAGACUAAAGGAACAGACAGAACAAAUAUCUGAGAUUGAAUUACAUCUUCAGAUGAAUAGAGCUCCAUCACAGACAGAAGAAAGCAGCCCAAUGAGAAAGGAGAUUCUGCUUACUCAGCCACCAUCUAAACCAAUCCGGAGGAAAUUCCGCUCCGAAAAUCAGAUGUUGGAAAACCAGGAGCUUACUCCCGCUAGCAGUGUGACCUCUUCCUUGCCUGCAGUCAAACCCCAUCUUCCAGCCCAAAACAGACAGUCUUCCAAGCAGAAGAGGGCUAUUCAGACGGCUAUUCGUAAAAACAAAGAAGCCAAUGUGGUGCUUGCCAGGUUGAACAGCGAACUCCAGCAGCAACUGAAGGAAGUUCACAAAGAACGAAUUGCAUUGGAGACUCAGUUGGAACAGCUUCGUCCUGUAACUGUCUUGUGACCUUCAGUACACUAUUUAAUGGCAAUAAAUGGACAUUUGUGCCAAGAAUUUUUGACUCUAUUAGCACAACAAUGUAAAGUCUAUGUAAAGUUUUCACUGAGGCAAAGUGGAAUAUGAGUUGGGUUUGUUGGUUUUUUUUGCACACCACCUUGCACAUUUUCCCUUUCAGAUGAAAAGGGUAGAUGAGAUAAAUGUCAAACCGUAGGAUAUGUCUAAGAAAUGAAAGUUGUUUCCGACUUGUCCUUCAGGAUUUUACAAAAUGCAGUUAACCACCAAAAUCAGUCAUCUAACUCUGAAAUUAUUAGUGGUUUAUUUAAAGAAUUCCUGAUUUAUGUACUUUGUUGAAAACCUAUUAUUAAAAGUUUCAUCCAUUCUUCUUUAUAUUUAAAGUUCCUAUUCUAAGGUGGUUUCUUGGACGUUUCUGAUUUCACAUAGGUUUAUACCAGGAAGUAGUGUCUAUGGUUUUAAAACACAAAAGAGAAUAAAAAUAAUUGUACAGAUAGUCUAUAUUCACAAUCAGCUGUCACUUAAUUGUCUUUUUUGUGCCAUUUAUGAUUAUUGGUCAUUUACGUCUUAUAAAUAUUGCAGGAUUUGUAUUUUAUAAGUUAAAAAUCAUGUGAAAAUGCAGUUUUGAGAACUAAAAAGUGUUGAAACCUGCUGAUUUUAGAAACUUUUUUUUAAGCUAUACCCCACAGGGAAAGUUAGAAAUGGACAUGUUUCUCUGUAUGUAAUUAAUGUGUGCUUGUUAAAAUAACAGCAUUGUAAUUUUGCGACUGGAAGUUAAAAUGAAGCAUACUGUAUAUUGUG